AUGGACUCAGACACCAAGCAAAAUAACAAUCAACAAAGGCGAGAUAAAGGGUCCACAAGCAGCCCAAGCCAAGCACGCAAACAAGCAGGUAAGAGAGUAGAUAUUUCAGCUGACGAAGCAAGCAAGCAAGCAAGCACAGACGAUACUCCGGAAGCCACGAAGUCUCAGCCAAAGUGGGGAAGUUUCGGACAAGUAGCGGCGGCCAUCAUCCCGCGCAGAAGGCGCUCGCUGAACCACGGGAUCCAGGUCCUUACACAUACCACAGACGGAGAGUGUUCAUGCAGCCCCACAGACGGACCUCGAGUGUUCGAACGGUGGUGUUCAUGUAGCCCACAGACGGACCUCGACAGCACCCACAGACGGACCUCGAGUGUUCAUGUAGCCCCACAGACGGACCUCGAGUGUUCAUGUAGCCCCACAGACGGACCUCGGGUGUUCAUGCAGCCCCACAGACGGACCUCGAGUGUUCAUGUAGCCCCAAGACGGACUCCCCCACAGACGGACCUCGAUGUGUCAGCCCCCCAGACGGACCUCGAGUGUUUCAAUGUAGCCACAGACGGCGAGUGUGUGCAGCCCCACAGACGGAUGUUCAGUGUUCAUGCAGCCCCACAGACGGAUCUCGAGUGUUCAUGUAGCCCCACAGACGGACGUUCAUGUUCAGGCUCCACAGGACGGACCUCGAGUGUUCAUGUCAGGCAGCCCCACAGACGGACCUCGAGAUGUUCAGGCAAGCCCACAGACGGACCUCGAGUGUUCAGGACAGCCCCCACGGACGGGUUCAUGCGAAGAAGCAUGCUGUUCAUGCAGCCCCCAGACGGACUCGAGUGUUCAGGCAGCCCCACAGACGACCUCGAGUGUAUCAGGCAGACCCCACAGACGGACCUCGAGUGUUCAGGCAGCCCACAGACGGACCUCGAGUGGUUCAGGUCACAGACGGACCUCGAGUGUUCAGGCAGCCCCACAGACGGACCUCGAGUGUUCAGGCAGCCCCACAGACGGACCUCGAGUGUUCAGGCAGCCCCACAGACGGAGCGAGUGUUCUUCAGACGGUCGGUGUUCAGGCAGACCCCACAGACGGACCUCGAGUGUUCAGUUCAGCAGCCCACAGACGGACCUCGAGUGUUCAGGCAGCGCCACAGACGGACCUCGAGUGUUCAGCAGCGCCACAGACGGACCAGGUUCCAGCCCACAGACGGACCUCGAGUGUUCAGGCAGCGCCACAGACGGACCUCGAGUGUUCAGGCAGCGCCACAGACGGACCUCGAGUGUUCAGGCAGCCCCACAGACGGACCUCGAGUGUUCAGCAGCAGCGAGCGCCACAGACGGACCUCGAGUGUUCAGGCAGCCCCACAGACGACCUCGAGUGUUCAGGGCAGCCCCACAGACGACCUCGAGUGUUCAGGCAGGCAGACACGACCUCGAGUGUUCAGGCAGCAGACGGACCUCGAGUGUUUCAUGGCGCCCACAGACGAGUGUUCAGAGGACAGCAGCACACAGACGGACCUCGAGUGUUCGCAGCCCCCAGACGCGACUCGAGUGUUCAGGCAGCGCCACAGACGGACUCGAGUGUUCAGCCACAGACGGAGUUCAGCAGCCACAGACGGAGUGUUCUCGCGGUGUUCAUGCAGCAGAACGGACCCUCAGACGACGGACUGUUUCUGCAGCCCCACAGACGGGAUGUGUUCACAGGCGCCACAGACGGACCUCGAGUGUUCAUGUAGCCCCACAGACGGACCUCGAGUGUCAAUGCAUCCCCGUUCGAGGAGGAGUGACGUGCUCCUCCUCGCCCCGAUCUAUUCCCUCCACUGUGAACUAUGGAACAACCUUCCAUUACUUAUCAAGACCUUCCUCUAUGUACUACAGGAACUCCUGCACAACCCUCCAUCAUUUGGCACAAAGUCCCUCCUCUGUGAACCCCCUCAAGGACCACAGAACAACCCUCUCCAUCAUUUAACUCCCAGACCCUCCCCUAGGGCCCCUCCUUCCAUCACUCGGGUGUCACCUGGCCUCUCCCCCAUCACCUGA